UCCGCCUAACUUCUGCAGUGUGACUCGUCUGAAGCUCAGCGACUCUUUUUAGAUCGAAGCCCCAGCAGAAUGUGACGGUGCUGGCCAGAAAAUGGGCGACACGCUGGAGAAGAGCUCUGAGGAGCCCGCGCUCGCUUUGGACAAUGAGUGUUCAACGAAAAUGGGAGACCUGGUGGAAGUCUCGAAUGGUGAAAAGGUCAAGUUUGACGAUACAGGACUCUCCCUGGUGCUCCAGAACGGCCUGGAGAACCUUCGGCUUGAAAACUCCCUCACAGAUGUUAUUCUGUGUGUGGACAGCAGGGAAUUCUCUUGUCACCGAGUGGUCCUUGCCGCAGCAAGCAAUUAUUUCAGGGCCAUGUUCUGUAAUGAUUUAAGAGAGAAAUAUGAAGAGAAGAUUAUACUUAAAGGAGUUGACGCAGAAACCAUGAAUAUACUUUUGGACUAUACCUACACCAGCAAGAUGCUCAUCACAAAGCAAAAUGUACAGAAAGUUUUGGAAGCUGCCAGCCUCUUUCAGUUCCUUCGCAUGGUAGAUGCUUGUGCCAGUUUUCUCACCGAAGCCCUUCAGCCAGACAACUGCGUCGGCAUCCUGAGGCUGGCUGACGCCCACUCCCUGAGCAGCCUGAAACAGCAAGUGCAGAACUACAUUAUCCAGAAUUUCACCCAGGUCCUGCACUAUGAGGAAUUCCUGGAGCUCCCAGCCGAUGUUCUCUGCAGCACACUGAAGAGUGAUGACCUUUAUGUCACAGAAGAAGCACAGGUGUUUGAAACAGUAAUGAGCUGGGUACGUUACAAGGAGUCGGAAAGGUUUCCUCUCUUGCCCUAUGUGCUGGAGAAUGUCCGUCUGCCCCUUUUGGACCCUUGGUAUUUUGUAGAGACUGUUGAAGCUGAUCAACUCAUUAGACAGUGUCCAGAUGUCUUUCCUUUGCUCCAGGAAGCAAGAAUGUACCAUCUGUCAGGCAAUGAGAUUAUUACAGAGAGAACCAAGCCCAGGAUGCACGAGUUCCAGUCUGAGGUGUUUAUGAUCAUAGGGGGCUGUACUAAAGAUGAGAAAUUUGUAGCAGAAGUGACUUGCCUGGAUCCAUUGAGGCGAAGCCGCCUGGAAGUAGCCAAAUUACCAAUCACAGAGCAGGAGACGGAGAAUGAGAAUAAAAAAUGGGUGGAGUUUGCAUGCAUUACGCUAAAAAAUGAAGUCUACAUAUCGGGUGGCAAAGAAACACAGCAUGAUGUCUGGAAAUACAAUGCCUCCAUCAACAAAUGGAUACAAAUCGAGUAUCUGAAUAUUGGGCGGUGGAGGCACAAAAUGGCUGUGCUGGGUGGCAAAGUGUAUGCCAUUGGAGGGUUUGAUGGCCUGCAGAGAAUCAACAGCAUGGAAGCAUACGAUCCAUUUCAUAACUGCUGGUCAGAGGCUGCUCCCCUCAUGGUCAAUGUAAGCUCCUUUGCAGCAGCGAGCUACAAGAAGAAGCUCUAUGUGAUCGGGGGAGGACCCAACGGGAAGCUGGCGACGGACAAGACUCAGUGCUACGACCCUGCAAACAACACGUGGAGCCUGAAAGCUCCCAUGCCAGUAGAAGCCAAAUGCAUCAAUGCUGCAAGUUUCCGUGAUCACAUUUAUGUUGUGGGUGGGGCAAUGAAAGCACUCUACUCGUACAACCCCCAGGAAGAUACGUGGUGCCUCGUGACUCAGUUCACCCAUGAGAGAGCCAGUUGUGGGAUUUCUCCUUGCAACAACAAGCUGUUUAUCACCGGGGGCCGAGAUGAAAAGAACGAAGUUAUUGCGACAGUGCUGUGCUGGGACCCUGAAACUCAGAAGCUGACUGAAGAGUGUGUCCUGCCUCGGGGGGUGUCUCAUCACGGGAGCGUUACCCUCAGGAAGUCUUACACACACAUCCGUAGGAUUGUGCCCGGGGCAGUUUCUGUCUGACCUCAGGAAAACUGCACGGAAACCCAAUACCUCAGUGCCCCCAUGGCACAGACUGCAAUGAUGAUGUUUUUUAGCUGUAGGUAGCAAUGGAUGGCAACACAGCCACUAGGGUCGUCUGGGGAAUAUCUGUAUAUAUGCUCAGCCCUUGCAUUUCCUCUGUACAGUACAUCCUUAAAUUAUCUUAAUUCCUUCCCUCCAG